AUGAACGUCUCACGGCCGGUGAGUCGCGCCCUACGUACCGCCCUGAGUUUACGCCCGGCAUCGCCAUGGCGGCGGCCUCUGCUCUCCGCCGCCGGCCGUCAGCUCCGGCCUUACUCCGACGUCUCUGCCGCCGACUUACAAUUCGGCCAGCCGGUGCAUGAGACUCACCCUCAUAUUCUUAAGGCCGGGGAGAUCACGCCCGGCAUCACAGCCCAAGAAUACUAUGACCGCCGUGCCCGACUCGCCGAGAAGCUACCGGACAACGCCGUCGCGGUCCUCGCCGCCGCAGACCUUAAGUACCGCUCAGGAGCCGUCUUCUUCCCCUACCGACAGGACUCUAACUUUCUCUACCUCACCGGCUGGAACGAGGGCGACUCGGUCGCCGUGAUCCGGAAGACGGGCAAGGAAUACGGCAACUUUGAGUUUCACCUCUUCGCGAAGCCUAAGGAGCCUGUCGCUGAGCAAUGGAUGGGCCCGCGCAACGGCGUACAGGCCGCACUCGACAUCUUCAACGCCGACAAGGCCGAGGACAUUGCAAAGAUUGACCGCUGCCUCCCGGAGAUCCUCAAGGGCGCCAGCAGGGUCUAUACCGACAUCCAACUGCCGACGCGCCAGGGUGGUGAGAACCAGGGAAAGCUGGCGAACCUGAUGAACUCGGACAAGUCGUGGUUGCCCUCCGUCAGGAUCCCGCUGUCCCCCGUCAUCAACCAGCUCCGCGCCAUAAAGUCCCCCGCCGAGAUCGCCAACAUGCGCCUCGCGGGCAAGAUUUCCGGGCGCGUCAUCACCGACGCCAUGCGGCGGUCGUGGACCAAGGAAAAAGACCUCCACGCCUUCCUAGACUACCGCUUCACCGCAGACGGCUGCGACGGCCCGGCUUACGUCCCCGUCGUCGCGGGUGGGCAAAACGGCCUCUGUAUUCACUACGUCGUCAACAACAACGUCAUGCACGAGGGCGAGAUGGUCCUCGUCGACGCCGGCGGGGAGUAUGGCACCUACAUCACCGACAUCUCCCGCACCUGGCCUGUCAACGGCAAAUUCACACCGGCGCAGAAAGACCUCUACGAGGCCGUUCUGACGGUUCAGCGGUCCAGCGUCGCGCUCUGCCGCGAAAACGCUUACCUCUCUUUGGACGAGAUCCAUGAACACACCUCGGCGGGCCUGCUCGAGCAGCUGAAGAGCCUCGGCUUCGAUAUCACAUCCCGCGACGUCGACGUGCUCUUCCCCCAUCACGUCGGCCACUACGUAGGACUGGAUGUGCACGACGUGCCGGGCUAUGGUAGGAGGACGCCACUGAAGAAGGGCCACUGCGUGACCAUCGAGCCGGGCAUCUACGUUCCGGACACAGACCGGUGGCCGGACCAUUUCCGGGGUAUGGGCGUGCGGAUCGAGGACAGCAUCUGCGUUGACGAAGAGUCGCCCUACAUUCUCACGACGGAAGCCGUCAAGGAAGUUGCUGAUAUUGAGGCUCUGAGAGACUAG